AUGGCUCUCGCCUCCUACUCUCCUAGCCUCUGGGACUUUAUCGAGCACCGAAUAUCGGACAGAAAUCGAAAACGGUAUCGCGAGUUUCCUUUGCUCUGUCCGGAAAAACGCGCAUACAACCCUUCCGAUGUCAGCAUAAUUAUCCCGACGGUCGACACAGAUCCCACAUUCUCCGAAUGCCUUGGCGGCUUGCUGAAGAACAAACCGCUUGAGGUCCUCAUUAUCACCACUGUGGAAGAAGAAGAUAGAGUCCGAGCACUUGUGCGCGCUGCGUCCGCGGAGAACAAUUCAGGGAGGACGGAUCUCCACAUCCUUACAGUUCCGAAGGCGAACAAGCGAGACCAACUUUUGCGGGGCAUCAAUGCGAGCAAAGGAGGUAUUAUGGCCUUGGUCGACGACGACGCUUUCUGGCAACAUGACACUGUUCUGGAUCAUCUGCUGGCACCUUUUCAGCAGGAAGACAUUGGGCUCGUCGGUGGUCCGAUAACUUCAUACCUACCAAGCAAAAGAAAGAACCCGGACAUCAUCACGCCGUGGGAGGUCGCAGCCAUCCGUCUUCGGUCGAAACGACAUGGAAGCAUGAAGUGUGCAUACGAAGCGGACGGUGGGAUCAACUUUUGCGUCUCGGGCGUCACAGCACUACUUCGUUCCGAGAUCGCGCGUGACCCAGCGUUGCAAAGUGCCUUUGGGAACGACAUGUGGAUGGGCCAACGACAAAAUUCCGGCGACGACAGCUUCAUCACGCGCUGGGUCCUGUUCCAGCAUCUCUUUAGGCCCCCAGGGCCCAGCGACGAUCAGAAGAAACCAAGACAAUGGAAACUUGGCAUGCAGCUUACGAAGGAGGCGGAAGUCGGCACCUCCAUCAUGCUCGAUUCGCGCUUUGCCGGCCAAAUGAAGCGGUGGUACAGGAGCGGUCUUCGUCACCGGCUGAUGUGUCUCCUAUACGAACCCGGCUUGCGGGGGAUGUACAGAACAUGCCCUCACAUGACGCGGAAGAUGGUCGAGGGAAUGCUCAACCCGGUGCUGUUGUGGGUGCGCCUAUAUUGCUUCUGGAGAACAUUCCAUAUCUGUCCGUGGUUCGCUUCGUUCGUUCUCGGUAUAAAGUUAUAUGGCUACAUCAACGGCCUCGUCGAAUUUGCCAACGAAUAUCCCUUCGCCACGCGCUACCUGUGGGCUGCUGUUCUCGUCGAUAGGCUCUACCUCAUCUCGGACUGGUACUGUUGGAUCACACUAGGAACAGAGGCGUGGAUGACGAGGCAGAGAGUGGACGACAAUGCAGCUGAUGUGGUCGCUCAUCGAAGCGGCAUCAAGGAAGAAUAG